GCCUUUUGCGCGACGUGUCUCUCUCUUUCUCUCUCUCGCUCUCUUCUCUUUCUCUCUCGUUUGCUCGCUUGGUCUGUGCCGCCUGUGGUCAGUGCGCUCAGUGCGUGCGCGUUCUGUCGUCGAUCGCGUUUACGUUUUCGCCGCGAUGUCGUCCGGCAACUGGGAACUGGUGAGCAGAAAGAAGGACAGGGGUAACGACAAGUCGAACAAGCUCACGAAGGCCGAGAAGAAAAAGUUCAUCGAGAACGCGCCGAAAGUCGAGGACUUCCUGCCAUUGAAUGAAGUAAAAUCGCUAUAUGAUAAUUUGGAUGGAAACAAAGAGAAUAAGAAGCCUGCCAAGGCACAGGGCAAAGAGCACAAGACAAAAGAGAAUGAGGAGAAGAAGAAGCAACAGCAAAAACAACAACAGCAACACGUUGAGAAAAAGAAACAGGAGCCAAAGGAAAAACCUCCAAAAACAGUCAAGGAUGCAUUGAAUGCGAUUAAUGAGCAAGAGCUCAACGAGUUCCUGACCACCGCACAAGUCAGAUUUCCUGAGGCUCCCCUAGUCUGGCUAAAGGAACUUGAUGCCUUCCUCAACAUUAAGAUACCCAUCAACAAGGAAGACGCGAUAUUCUCAGGAAAACCCAAGGACUAUCCAUUAAGUUUAGUACCUAAGCCGAUCUUUUCCAUACUGGAACGAGCGAUAGAGAUGACAGGCCAGCAGACCAUACAGAUUUUUUACGAGAACACCCUCACGGCAAUGGCAACCGACAUGGUCAAGGGGAUCCCCGUCAUCGGUCACAAAAUAUUUUUACAGCUGCUGGCGCACCUAAAUCCCGAAAUAACCGCCGCGAACAUUCCCAAGCUAAUUAACAUAAGGAGCUCAUACGAGAAUAGGAAGAACGUCGGUCUGUCCUUGUUGUGGGCCUGGUCGCAGGCCGGUCAAAAGGAUCUAGCGGUUGGCCUGAAGAUCUGGCACGAAGUUAUGUCACCGAUGCUCGAGACGAAGGGCUACGCCAGUUACGUUGUACAGAUUCUCAACGACCUCGUUUUCGGACACGACAACGUCCAUGAUCUCAGUCUGGAUUUGUACUUAAGUAUCAUCAUGGAUACCUAUUCUCAAAGGUUUCAAAACAUUCAACCCGCGAAUCUAGGGAAAGAACUCAGCGCGAGUAUCGACAAGUUGAGGUCGAUCCUGUUUAGAAAUAAGGACAUAUGUUACACGAAAUUGUUUGAAAUGUUAAUGGGGAAAGUAUCGCAGAAGUCGGAUCCGAAUUACAGGCACGAAUUGAUUAAAGUCCUCGCGGACUGCCUCGUCAAGGAACCUCUUUGCUUCACUAUCUGGAGUUCCAUUUAUAACAAGCAUUUGUACCAAUCCAGUCUUCUUCUGUCAUAUAUUGAUACAAAUUUACCUACUUUACAAACUAAGUUUAAAGCUAAGCAUUUCAAAGAAACUCUUGGAGCUAUCCAAAACAAUAAUGAAAAAUGGAAGAAGGCCAAAGACGAAAAUCUGGCACUUACAUGCAAGAAAACGUCUCAGGCACUACUGAAGAAAAUGACCUCCUCCAGCCGCGGAUUUCCAUGGAGAUCUGCCAGUCUCCUUUUGCUGCUGCUGAUCGGUGCUAUCGUAGCGUACGACACGCAGAAGCAUGGCUCCUUUGAGGCGUCCCAAGUUGGAAAGUUCUUGAAAACUAGCGGAAUAUUGAAACAUGUAGAAAAGGCAUGGAGUACUCUAAAGUUCUAUUGGUCUGCAGGACACAAAGCAAUUAAGGAUACCUCACCGGAAUAUUACAAAACCGUUGUAGACUGGUGCACACCAUACGUAAAAUUAGCUGGCGAUAUUUGCCUUAUAGCAAGAAAUAUUUCAAUUAAACUGUAUAAAAAUGUCGCAGCAUACGUCGAAAGGAAUGUACCUAUAGUUCUGGAUACAAUCGAGCAUUACGCUCCAGGAAUUUUGGAGCAAAUUAAAUCUCGAAGUCUUCAGGGACUAGAGUUUGUGAAAGUUUCCUUCGUUUUGCUUGGAGAGAAAGUUAUUGAACAUUCCAGCGCGUCGAUACAGUGGCUGGAGAAAAACGUCUUCGUGGGCAAACUUAGCCCGGAUAAUCUUCGUAGUUAUGCCAUAUGGGCUUUCGACACGACGCAAUCGUACGCCGUCCAGACAUUCGAUUGGGUGUACGAAAAAGUACAAACUCUCUCCAAAGUGCCAUGAAUAAAAUCUGAUGGUUUGCUGUAUAAAUAAUCAUUGCGUCGAUGACGAAAAAAAAACCUCCACGCCUCUUUACGUGCGACUCGGCAUUUAUUAUUUAUGACACUGAAGCGUUACAUGUAUGAUUUCGAAGAUCACGAAUUACGUCAGCCAUUUUACCUGUGAUAUCUCUGUGAGAAAAUCUAUCUUGCUUUUUGGUUGGUCUUGACGAAGAAAACUUCGCGAUCUUCUAAAAACUGAAACACAAUUGCGGACGUUUUUUAUUAAAUAUUAUAUCUUUCUGUCACUUUUUUGAAAUUGUUAAUGUAUGUAUAUUUCCAUAACACGUUAGGUCUAUUGUACGCAAAUCGUCAAAAGUGCGAUCUUUAGCAUUUUGUAUUUUCAUUUAUAAUUUUGAGGAUUUUGAUUGAAUAUAUAUUCGAUUAUAUUGAA